GCGGUGUAGCAGGUCGGUAGGCGGGAAAUGGCGACUGGCUGCUGAGCGGCUGCGGAGCGCGGAGCCCCGGCGCGGUGUAAACACAGCGGAGCCCGGUGCGGCCCGGCCCGGCCGCCGGCAGCGCGGACCCCGGGGCGCUGCUCCCGGCCCCCCGCACCCGCAGCUUUACAUGUGGUACACAGGAAAAUGAGGCUGAGAACGCGGAAGGCUUCUCAGCAGUCGAAUCAGAUCCACACGCCACGUGCUCUGAGGGCAAAGAGGAAACACUCGGAGGUGGAGGAGAGCUUACCUGUCAGCGGAGGCAGGCCCACCAAGGAUGACACCGGCCUGCUGUCGUCCAUCAAGAAGUUCAUCAAAGGCAGCACACCCAAGGAAGAAAGAGAAAAUCCUGCAAAAAGAAGUAGGAUCGAGCGGGAUAUCGAUAACAACCUGAUCACAUCCACACCUCAAUCAGGAGAAAAGCCUAACAAACAGAUCUCUCGAGUGCGACAGAAAAGUCAGAUGAAUGGAGAAGCUGGAAGUUACGAAAUGACGAACCAACACGUCAAGCAAAAUGGGAAACUAGAAGAUAAUCCUGCCACGGGCAGCCCCCCCCGAACCACGUUACUGGGAACCAUAUUCUCUCCUGUAUUCAAUUUUUUUUCACCAGCAAAUAAAAAUGGAACAUCAGGAUCAGAUUCUCCAGGCCAAGCUGUUGAAGCUGAAGAGAUAGUCAAACAGCUUGAUAUGGAACAGGUUGAUGAGAUUACCACAAGUACUGCAACAUCAACCAACGGGGCAGCUUACACUAGCCAAGCAGUGCAGGUCAGGUCCACUGUCAACAAUGGUUUGGAAGAGGUGGAGGAAACAAAUGACCGGGAUCUGCCACCACUUACAGCACCAGUAUCCCCAGACUGUGGCUACUCAUCAGCCCAUGCGGAAGCUACCUAUGAAGAAGACUGGGAAGUCUUUGAUCCGUAUUAUUUCAUCAAACACGUUCCACCACUAACAGAAGAGCAACUGAACAGGAAACCAGCUCUUCCACUGAAAACAAGAAGCACACCAGAAUUCUCCUUAGUUCUAGACUUGGAUGAAACAUUAGUGCACUGUAGUCUAAAUGAAUUAGAAGAUGCUGCACUCACUUUUCCAGUUCUUUUUCAAGAUGUCAUUUACCAGGUUUAUGUCCGAUUAAGGCCAUUCUUCCGAGAAUUCCUGGAACGUAUGUCUCAGAUUUAUGAGAUCAUUCUUUUUACCGCUUCUAAGAAGGUGUAUGCAGACAAGUUAUUGAACAUACUAGACCCUAAAAAGCAGCUGGUCAGGCAUCGACUCUUCCGCGAGCAUUGUGUUUGUGUACAAGGAAACUACAUCAAGGAUUUAAACAUCCUUGGUAGAGACCUUUCAAAAACCAUCAUCAUUGACAAUUCACCGCAAGCCUUUGCUUACCAGCUUUCGAAUGGAAUUCCUAUAGAAAGCUGGUUCAUGGAUAAAAAUGACAAUGAACUCCUAAAAUUGAUUCCAUUUCUGGAGAAACUUGUAGAGCUGAAUGAAGAUGUCCGACCUCACAUCAGAGACAGAUUUCGCUUGCAUGACUUGCUACCCCCCGAUUAAAGCCUUUUGCCUCAUUACUGAAGGGGGAGAAAAUGCAGGACCCUUUUGGACUAUAACAAAACAUUGCCAUUACUGUUGAAACUUUGCAUUUUUGUACCCCGUCUUGCUUUUCUUAUCUUUGGUGCCCAACAAUAAUCAAGGGUUACAGGAAGAGACUUUCUAUGGCUGAGGUUGAACACGUUCAGUUCUCCACCGUACAAGCCCGUGGGUAGGCUAGAACAGAAGAGUCUUUAGAACUAGUGCAACUCCAACACGUUUUUGUAUGUCCAGGACAUCUGCAGUUUAUAAAGAAUUCUGUUUCUGCCACCAGCAGUUUGACCUGUAGAAACACAGGAUUUUAUGAUACAACAGAGAUUGAAAAUGGACUCGUGUUUUCUCUCUGUUCGGUGCUCUAAGUGGGUUUGUAGCCACUUUUCUGUUACUUUCAAGAUUCUCAUUUCAACAGGAAUGGCCAGUAAAAAGUUGGUUUCUUUUUCCUGUUCAGGUUUAUAACCUUUUUACAUUUUUGACCUGUAGUAGAUUAGAAUCUCAUUAUGCAUUCCUUUUAGUUGAGGCGCUUCAUAGUUUUCCUGGAAAUAGCCAAAUUCUCCUAGUUUUUUAUUAAACAGUUGAUGGCCGUUUUCCUGCUUCGUCUGCCUGCAUACUGUAUAUUUGUUUAAAAGUACUCUAGUUUUAGCCCACGUAAGUUUCAUUUAGAACGAGGAAAGAAAACCCACCCUGCAUUUAUCUUUUCUUUCUGUAAUAUCCUACUGUAGUCGGAAUCUUUUCAGCAAAUCCAGAGACUGGCUAGAUAAGAAGACAUGAAUUACUAAUAUCCAGACUAUUUGAGGCCCGUGCGCUGGACAGACGGUAUCUCGCGGUGGCACAGACGGACAAGGAAUACCUCAGACGAUGCUGUGGGUGCAGGUCUGGAGAGGAGCACCGGUGCAUGCCGGGGCCGGGCGGCCGGCUCGCUGCUGUCUCUGCCUCCCUGUGCUGGGCUCUCGGGGCCGGGGGUUCCAACGGUGAGUCCAUCUCCUCCCCUUUGGGGAGGCUUUUCCUAUAGGGGUUAGGCUGCGGCCGUGGGACGGCUCCGGCCGCACGGACGCGCCCCAGGCUCGGACUGGUUUUAUGUCAGAGAUGUCACAGAACGGCACUUUUUCUAAAGAGAAGUUUGAUAUUUUGUAUGCUUGUUCCGAAAGUCCAGUAUUGGAGAUUAAAGGUGGACAACUGCUAAGGGAGAAGUAUGUCAAUUAAUUUUGUAUGUAUAUGACCUGUUUACUUGUACAAUUUUAUUGUACAAAUUACAUGCAGCUUCAUUUUCAAAUGAGUCCUUAAAAUAAGGAAAAUCUUUUUAGGAGAACAUUUAAUUUUUGUAUUUUUGAUUUUAAAGGCAUGAGUUAUGUCAACUUUUUCCAGUGUAUUAAUGAAGAUUUUAACUUUUCAUCAGGUUGAGUGUUUUCUUACUAUAUUCUCUGUUGUGUAUGUAGCUAGCACAUUGUGUCACUGAACUGGUUAAAGAACUUAGCAUGUAGAGCAAGCCUGUUUUGUGGAAAAUCCUUCAUUCAAAGCAAACCAUCAUGGCAGAUUUUCUGCAAAAGAAGUGAAAACAUUUGCAAUUCAGAAUCCUGAUUGUUUUUGUAUUUAAAGAAAGGUAUUUUGCUUGCAGGAAAGAAAUACUAUGGAUUCAUUUUAAUGAGAAUCUUUUAAAUGUAUUUAUCUUUAGGGCAUCUGGGCAUCUUUACGCUGUUUGUCUUAUGUCUUUAUUGAAAUAAACUGUACAUAACAUGACUUUUA